AUCUUCAGGAUUAAUAUUAAUUUGGUUGGCCAAACAAAAAACAGACAAGAUCACCUAGCUAGGAUCUCCAACAAUGCAAGCAACCAACUUUUCAUCCGCCAAGCUUCCACUCGGGGCAGUUUGGUCAUCAUCAUCAUCGCCCCCAGGUUCUUCCAGGAGAUCAAAGGCUGUUAAUGGCGGCGGCCCGCGGCUUGUGAUCAUUGCAAGCGGUGGAGGAAGACACCAACAUGGACGACGAGAUUAUGGGGGGAGGAUUGUGGACGAGAACAUGAUAUUGCUACGAAUGCGUAUUAGGGAGUUGAAGAUGUUGGAGACGAGCCAGCAGGAACCACCUGCGAGUUGGAUGCAGUGGGAGAAGAAAUACUAUACACAUUACGACGAGGAUGUUUGCGAGGCGGUGGGGCUGUUGCAGUCUUAUUUGAUGAAUGUUAGGCCGAGUUUGGCGUUAGCGAUGGCGGCGCUUUUUAUGUUGAGUGUCCCUUUUUCUGCCGGGGUGCUCUUCUUUCAUGCUUUUGAGAUGGCUAAGGCAAUCUUAUAA